CCUCUAUCAGAAAAUUGUGGGAUUACAGCUGGAUAUCAAUAUUUACAUUGUAUCAAAUUCUCUUCAUUAUUUUUCCUACGAAGGCGAUGCUAGACGCGAACCUUUCCAUAUGUUGUAGGAUAAUUGUUUUGAUGGAACAAAUACGCAUGAUGAUGAAGAGUUACGCUUUUGUCAGAAGCGUAGCACCUAGAUUUUUGUCUUACAAACCUCAUAGCGAAGCUUCGCCACCGGAUUGCCCGAAAUUCUCGCAAUAUCUGUAUUUCCUUUUUGCACCAACCCUUGUGUACCGCGAUAAAUAUCCAAGGACAAAAAGAGUUAGAUGGAUGGUGGUAAUUAGUAAUUUAGUUGAAUUUGGUCUAACGAUCUUCUAUCUCACCUUUAUCUUGGAAAGUCUAGUAUCACCGGUCUAUUGCGUAUUCGGCACGCAACAUCUGGAUUGGAAGUGGUUCGUCAAGAAUACCAUCAAGUCUAAUGUCCCUGGCAUUUUCUACCUUUUCACUAUAAAUUAUCUCCUACUGCACGCGUGGAUGAACGCUUGGGCGGAAAUGCUGCAGUUUGCCGAUCGACUGUUUUAUAAAGACUGGUGGAACAGUACGACUUACCACAUGUUCUUUCGCACGUGGAACGUGGUAGUGCACGACUGGCUGUACACAUAUAUCUAUAAGGACAUGUACGAAAUCGUGGUACCGUACAACCGGAUGUUGUCAGCUGCUACUGUAUUCUUCAUCUCUGCCAUCGUCCACGAGUACUUAGUUGCGUUUGCAAUCGGCUUCUUUUACCCUGUAUUAUUUAUUUUUUUUAUCAUAGGUUUCCCCAUGUUCUUCGUCCGCAAGACUAUCACUAGCAACUUUCUUGUGUUGUUGUUAUUGAUCCUUGGCAGCGGUAUCUGUUUGAAUUUAUUCGCGAUUGAGAGAUAUGCUCGGCACAACUGUCCACCUCAUCCCAAUUACUACCUGGAUCUGUUCAUACCGCGAAGCUGGAGCUGUCAGGAACAAUUUAACGCGUAGAUCUUUUCCAUUUGCAUGGACGAUAAAAUCAAAGGAUU